AUGCACUUCAAAACAUUCACCCUCCUUCUAUCUGCCUCUGCGGUCUUCGCAGCGCCACUAGAAGUUGACGUCGACUCCGACGUCGACUCCGACGUCGAUGCAGCAACCGUGAGUGCUGGGGCUGACCUCCCCGAAGAUCACAAGCUAGCGUCAAGAUUUUCCGUACCGGUAGUUCCAAAUCCUGAGUUUGGGCGCGAUGGUUUCCACGAACUCCGAAAGGCAUACUUGAAAUAUAAACGUCAUUUCUCAGACUUAGUCAUCCCACCGGGCCUACUUAACUACACUAAACCCUCAAGACUUCAAGAAAGGGGUACACGUACAGGCACCGUUGUCGCAAACCCCGUCACGUACGAUACAAUGUAUCUGUCGCCGAUUACUAUCGGUGGCCAAAAAAUGAACAUGGAUUUCGACACUGGCAGCUCAGAUCUUUGGGUGUUUUCGAAUCAGCUCUCAUCCACACUGCAAGCAAAGCACAAGAACCUCGGCGGCAAUAUCUAUACCCCUAGUACUUCAGCAAAGGUCGCUAGUGGUUUGACAUGGUCAAUAACAUACGCCGAUAGCAGUGGUGCCUCUGGAACAGUCGUUACAGAUAGUGUCAAAAUUGGUGGCAUUACCGUUGCUAAGCAGGCUGUUGAAGUCGCCAACACGGUAACAUCUGGAUUCGAAGACUUUGAAGGUGAUGGAUUACUCGGCCUUGCUUUCAGCAGUUUGAACCAAGUAUCACCCACUCAGCAGAAGACAUGGAUUGAAAAUGCUAUGCCUCAACUGAAAGCCAAACUCUUCGCUGCAGAUUUAAGGAAAUCUGCAGUGGGAAGUUACACUUGGGGAUUCAUCAGCCAGAAGUACGCCAAGAAGAUCAAGUAUGCCAAAAUCUUGAAUUCCGGAUGGUGGCAUGUCGCUGCUUCCAAGGGUAUUAAAGUCAAUGGAAAGCUUUAUACCAGCGGUGCUUCUAACUCAAAGGGCGCUGUCCCUGAUACCGGCUCCACCCUCCUCCUAAUGCCAACCUCUGUUGUCAAACUCUACUACGCACAGGUUUCAGGCGCAUCAUAUCGUUCAGAUAUGGGUGCUUGGGUUUACCCUUGCACAUCCGACAGUUCAUCCAGCAUGCCAACUAUCUCUCUCCCAGUUGGCAAUAACUGGAUCAACGUUCCUGGAAAAUAUAUGACUUAUGCUUAUGCAAACUCUGCGGGUACCAUGUGCUUUGGUGGCCUUCAAAGUCUAGGAGACUCUUCUACAUUACCUUGGAUAUAUGGGGAUAUAUUUUUCAAGGGCGUUUACUCCGUUUUUGAUUAUGGGAAUAAGAGGUUUGGAGUUGCGCAGAAGUCAUGA